AUGAACAAGAUCUUCCCCCAGGGGGAUGGCAAUGCUGCUGCCGCUGGAAGCCAAGCCCUCCCUGGAAGGGAAGCCGACUGCAGCCCUUUCUGCUGCUCAUGCCGAGGGGCCUGCCUCUCAGCUUUCCUGAUGCUCCUGCUGGCAACUCUUGCAGCCCUGAUUGCCCUGGUCGCCAUCCUUGGACCCCCACCUCGCACGCCAGGGGCCCAGCCCUGCGUGACACAGAUGAACAGGACAGGCUUCCUAUGCCAUGACCUGAGGAGCUGCAUCCCAGCCAGCAGGGUCUGUGAUGGCGUCCGCACCUGUGCCCACGGCGAGGACGAGGAGGAGGCCUUGUGCCGAGACAUGCCCCAGAGCCUCCCUGGCUUCCUCGUGGCUCACUGCGGAGACCCCGCUUCCUGGAUCUACUCAAACCAAAAGUGUGAUGGGAUCAACAACUGUGGGGACUGCUCAGAUGAACUGAGCCCAGUGACUACGUGCCCGCCCUGCGGCCCUGGCUGGUGGCGCUGUCCCUCGACUGUCUUCAAAUAUUGCAGCUGUAUCCCCAGGAGCCUCUGCCGUGAUCACGUGCAGCACUGCUCCGACUGGUCUGACGAGUACUCCUGUCCUGGACCCUGA